AUGGCGACACAAACAAUCAGCUCCAUCCUGGCUACAGAGCCAUGGUACUACGACGGCGACAGGCAAUGCAUCAAGUUUAGUAUUGACGGCACCGGUGAGAUCUGGGACGGACACGAAACGGCCUUUACAUUGGCCGCGAGCUUUGACUGGAGAGCCCUAAACCCUACAGCCCUGGACGAGCAGCUGGCGAUCACCGGAAGCAGGACGGCGAAGACACUGACCCACCUGAGCCUAGAGAUAACCUCCACGGAACGCCGCUGUCCCUGUCCCCCCGGUUGGAAUUUUGACGAGAAUACCCUCGAACGGAUUCGGAUGACCACGUCAAGGUUCAAGGAGGGCGCGUUCCAGCCAAGGACGUUUUCUGUCCGCCUCGAGAGCGGGAAAUUCGCCAAACCUUUUAUGGAGGACCAUGGCGGCGUAGAGAAAUUCGGAGACCAGGCCCGCAGCUAUGCGUUGCGGCUGGUGUUCGACAGAUGUCCGUGGCCCUCUCUGGAGCAGUACAUUAAUGGUUCCAUUUGGGGGGAUAAAAUGAAGGUGACCCGGUUUGUGUGUCGAGAAACGGGGCUGUAUAAUUCAUGGAUGGGCAGUUGUAUCGCAAUAUAA